AGUACAACAAUUACCAGAACACCGGUGGCGACCGGAAGUACUUCUGUUUUCGUCCGCAAGACGAACAAGCUAACGUUAGUUAGCUGUAUUAUCCUCUGUUUUCGUUACACAGUAAAUUAUGCGUAACUGAUAUACAGGUACUGGAAUAACUAACAUAUCAGACAUGUCCUUGUCCCACCUGUAUGGGCGGAAAGGGGAAGAGGAGGAGGAAGGUGUGGAGAUCGAGAGCUUUGAGGUGACCGACUGGGACCUGGCCAACGAGUUCAACCCAGAACGCCGCAGGUUCAGGCAGACCAAGGAGCAGGCCACGUAUGGUAUCUGGGCUGAGAGGGACUCUGAUGAGGAUGAGAGACCCAGCUUUGGGGGCAAAAAAUCUAAAGACUACACAGCUCCAGUUAACUUUGUGAGUGCUGGUCUGCGUAAGACUGCAGCCGAAGAGAAACAGCAACAAAAAGAAGAAGGAGGGUCUGAUGACUCUGAUGACAAUGCUCCUCCAACACCCCCUUCUGCUCGUAGCGGUGCGCCCAAAAAACUCCAGAUGGGUAAAUUCCGUGGGAACCAGUCCCAGAGGUUCGCAGGGGGCAUACAGACUGGGCAAGGCAUAGGUAACUGGGAGAAGCAUACAAAGGGAAUAGGCCAGAAACUUUUACAGAAAAUGGGAUAUCAACCAGGCAAAGGUCUUGGCAAGAAUGCUCAAGGUAUUGUAAAUCCAAUUGAGGCAAAGGUUCGUAAAGGCAAAGGAGCAGUUGGUGCUUAUGGCAAUGAGCGCACCCAGCAGAGUCUUCAGGAUUUUCCUGUGGUUGACUCAGAGGAAGAGGAGGAAAAGGAGUUUCAGAAAGAGUUGGGCCAGUGGCGUAAGGAUCCUGCAGGUGCUGGAGGAAAGAAGAAACCCAAGUACUCCUACAGAACUGUAGAUGAACUAAAGGCUAAAGGCAAACUUGCUGGGUAUAGCACAGCAGCAUCUGCUGGAGAGCUAGCACAAGUCAAGGUAAUAGAUAUGACUGGGAGAGAGCAAAAAGUAUAUUACAGUUACAGCCAAAUGACCAACAAACACAGUGUUCCAGAUGAAGGUCCCCCUACUACAUCUGCACGGGAUCAAAAGGGAUCUGGCUUUGCUCUCCCUGAACUUGAACACAACCUGCAGCUCCUGAUAGACCUUACAGAACAGGAUAUAUUACAGUCUGCCAGGCGUCUACAGCAUGAAAAGGAUGUAGUUGUGUCUUUGAGCCAUGAGUCUCGAGCGCUGCAGAGCAGAUUGGAUACAGAGCAGGAUGCCAUCCAAAGAAUGGAGGCUGUACUUAAAUUAGUAGAGCGGUUUCCUUCUGGGGAAAGUGCACCAGGCGAGGGACCCACCUUAAAGGAGUGUGCUCGGAUCUUUGAGACUUUACAAACAGACUAUUACGAAGAAUAUAAGACAAUGGGACUGGCCGACCUGGCUGUAGCUGUUGUUCAUCCCUUACUGAAAGAGAAACUGCGAUCCUGGGACCCACUGAAGGACAGCUCCUUUUGUCUGGAAGACAUUGGUCAGUGGAGAGCUAUACUUGAAUCUAGAGAUCUUCAUUCCAGUGCUCCAGAUUCAAAUAUGGACCCUUACCACAGAGUCUUGUGGGAAGUGUGGAUCCCAGUGAUGCGUUCCUGUGUGUCAAGCUGGCAGCCACGCAUGGUGGGGCCAAUGGUGGACUGUGUGGAAAUGUGGUCUCCACUUCUCCCCCUGUGGAUUGUGGAUCACUUGUUGGAGCAGCUGAUCUUACCCCGGCUACAGCGAGAGGUUGAUAACUGGAACCCUUUAACUGACACAGUUCCCAUCCACUCCUGGAUCCACCCUUGGCUUCCUCUGCUUCAAACACGCCUUGAACCUUUGUAUCCACCAAUUAGAAGCAAACUGGCAAAUGCAUUGCAAAGGUGGCACCCAAGUGAUGCUUCAGCCCGCCUCAUCCUGCAGCCAUGGAAAGAUGUUUUUACACCAGGUGCAUGGGAAGCCUUUAUGGUGAAAAACAUUAUCCCAAAGCUAGCUUUGUGUCUGGAAGAGCUAGUUAUCAACCCUCACCAGCAGCAGAUGGAGCCAUUUCACUGGGUGAUGGACUGGGAAGGCAUGCUGUCCCCAUCCAGUCUUGUGUCCUUGUUGGACAAAAACUUCUUUACAAAGUGGUUGCAAGUACUUUGCUCAUGGUUGAGCAACAGCCCUAACUAUGAGGAAAUCACUAAAUGGUAUCUUGGGUGGAAAAGCAUGUUCACUGAUGGCUUGUUGGCACAAUCACUCAUAAAGGAGAAAUUCAAUGAAGCUUUGGACAUCAUGAACCGUGCUGUAUCUUCAGGCAUAGGUGGAUAUAUGCAGCCCGGUGCAAGGGAAAACAUUGCAUACCUCACACAGACAGAGAGACGAAAGGACUUCCAGUAUGAAGCAAUGCAGGAGCGCAGGGAUGCUGAGAGUGUGGUCCAUCGGGGCAUCAGUGCUGGUGUGCCCACUAACUUUAAAGAUCUUAUCCAGACCAAAGCAGAAGAGAACAACAUUGUCUUUAUGCCUUUAGUGGCCAAACGCCAUGAGGGUAAACAGCUGUACACAUUCGGGCGUAUUGUCAUCUACAUAGACAGGGGGGUCGUUUUUGUCCAAGGUGAGAAAACUUGGGUGCCCACGUCUUUGCAGAGUCUAAUAGAUAUGGCAAAGUGAGUUUCUGUUGACUGAUUCCUUAGUUCAUGAAAUGUAAAAAGACAAAACAAGCGAGCACAUGUUUGCUUUUUAUGUACACUCACUUCCUUGAUCCUUUGUCAUAUGUGUGUUGUAAAGUUUUUAAAGAGCAGACCUGUGAAUAAAUUUUGAAUGUUUGUAGUCAA